AUGGGUCGAGGCGAGACAGCAGUUCAACAGCAGUCAGCGAUGGCCACCACAAACGCCGAUGCCCUCGAGGCUGGCAGGGUGACUCGUUGGAAUCACGUCAAGACCUUCGCGCUGGUCGGAGCCGUCCUCAGUCUGUUCUUUUGCGAGUUGAUCAUCCUUGUCGGCGGUGGGACUUUUGCUCAGCGCGUAGCCUCCGAGAUUGGAGGCGCUGGACUCACCUCAUGGCCAUCACUGGCGGUGAUCAUUUUUACCGUCGCCCUGGCCGCACCGCUUUCACAAGCUUCCGACUAUUGGGGAAGAAAAUGGAUUCUCGUCAUCCCGAACAUCGGCGGCGUUGCUGGAGCUAUCAUCUCCGCUCGUGCGAAUUCAAUGGGUAUGUACAUCGCAGGGUUCUGCGUGGGAGGCAUCGGUUUCGGAGCCCAAGGACUCAUCCUAGCCGUGAUCUCGGAAGUUCUGCCACGUAGAUUCCGGUCUUGGGCUCAAGCUGCUGCGAACAUCAUGAACGCUCUCGGCUCAAUAUUCGCCCUCACUAUCGGAGGCUACUUGGUUCAGUCACGGCCGGGUGGUUUUCGAAUUUACUUUUAUAUCUGCGCUGGUAUCUACGCCGCCGCCGUCGUCCUUGUGGUAUUACUGUACAAUCCGCCCCCGAGGGAGCUACAGUCCCUAAGCUUCAAAAAGAAGGUCCAGGCUCUUGACUGGCCAGCAUACAUCCUUCUAGGAUCGGGUACGGUUCUCCUCUGCUUGGGCCUUUUGUGGGCUCAGAAUCCUUAUCCUUGGAGAGACGUACAUGUCCUUGCGCCUCUACUUAUUGGAGCUGUCUUGCUUUUUCUCCUAGCUGUGUACGCCACAAGGCUCAAGAAGGAUGGCUUAUUUCACCACGCUCUCUUCCAUGAUCGCAACUUUCCCAUUUCCGUGGUUGCUUCCGCAAUUGAAGGCAUGGGAUAUAUGACAGCUGCUGUCUUCUUCCCAUACGCUCUAUCGGUCCUUCAAGCUGGUCAACUAAGCACCUAUAGCCAAUACCUUUGCCAAAUGGUCGGUUUCUGUGCCUUUGGAAUUGCUUGUGCGUUGUCAGGCUUGUAUAUCUACAAGACUAAGUCAGUCAGAGAGACAGGUGUGGGGACAUUCGUCUUUUUCUUGAUAUUUAUGUGCGUUAUGGCCAGCGUCAACGAAAGGACUCCCUCGGCCAAUUUCUGGGGCUAUAUCCUCUUCUAUGGCAUAGCCCUAGGCAUGGCGCUCGUUACAUUCUUCACAUCCGCGCAGCUUGCCACUCCGCCAGAGCUCAUCGCUACGACUACUGGAAUCUGUACCGGCGUCCGCAGCUUAGGAGGAUCGAUUGGAUUGUCCAUCAUCAAUGCCAUCUUUGCAAGUGGUCUUUCUGGCAACCUUGGGAAAAAGGUGACCAAUGCUGUUGUCCCUCUUAAUUUGCCACAAACAAGCAUUGGGCCACUUGUUGGCGCGUUGAGCUCCGGUAACGUUGAUGCUUUGGAAGAGAUACCAGGAAUCACUCCAGAGAUCAUCUCAGCCGCUGGACUUGCCAUCAAGCAAGCAUACGUUGUUGGAUUUAGGAACGUGUUCAUCUGUGGCGCGGCAUUCAUGGCUGUGGGCAUCAUAUUAACCUUGUUCAUGCGCAACCCGCACUCGGAAUUUAAUGCGAAGAUCGAUGCGCCUAUUGAUGCCUCAUCAGAUGAUGGUGUUGAGAAUGAAUCUAAAGCUGUUCCGGAGCAACAGAUCGAGGACAGUGAGAUCAGAGGUCGUGUAUGA